GACACUUGGGAGUGCAUUGUGAACUCUUCAGGCUGUGAUCUGCAGAAGUUCUGCUUCACUGACUUUGAGAUCUUUCCUGUGGGCACAGCUGGAAUGUGGAACCAGAGCACUGGCUUCUGUUUUAUAAAGAGAAUAUUGGAGGUAGAAAAUUUGCACGGUCUGUACUCACUGUGAACAUGCCUUCAGAUUGCUCGAGCUAACAGUCUCCUCCUCACCUGUGUUCAGUGCUUGGAAGUUUUCCACAUACCACAAGAGAAACAUCACCCUGAAACCUCUCUUUCUGCCAGCUUUAUGAGGCCCCACCACAGAAAUAUGAUAUUGGGAAUGGCAGAUUAGUGUCUGGAUCAUCUAGAUAUUACUGCAAUGUGACUGUAGAGAAAAAUGUUCAUUUCUAACAACUUGGUUGUGGACUUUUAAACAGACUUGGAUUUCUGGAAAUACUACAACAUGAGUUCAGCUGGGAAUGAGAUAGAAAGAUGGAUACACAGGCAGGGUGGCAGAACUGGGAAGCUGGCAGAGCCUGUGACCUCUUCUGAAAAUGAUCGUAUUUUGUCAGUGAAGUCAAUCAGCAGCAUGGACCAUCUCUUGCACCUCCCUGGAAGGGCAGAUUCUGCUUACAGCUCUUUCUCAGGAGGAUCAAAUGUUCCAGAGUACCCCAUACCAUCAUGCCAUGGUGAAUACUGCUGUGUACCUCCAGAGCAGGUCUCGUACAUGGACUCAGAAUAUGUAACAGGAAUUUAUAAUUUCGGUGCUGCACACUUUGACCUCAGAUCCCCCCAGCCAUACAAGGCACCAGACCUGAGCACCCACAACAACUCUCAUAGCACUAGUCUCACAGAUCACUGUGGAAUCACUCCUACCCAAAGGACUUCAAAUCAGGAACCUCCAGCCCUGGCAGCACCUCCACCAUUCCCUCUCACGCGACUUGACAGCUAUAACAUCACUAAUAGACACUUGGAAAAGUCAAGAGGGAGACAAGGCUCUGUAGGGCAUACUGAGUGUAGUGUGCAGCCAGCUCCUGGUGCACAGGACAGCCAGCUGGCAGAUAGGGAUGUACUGUGGAGUCAAUGCUGGGAUGCAGUCACCGAGCAAGAUCUAGGGCCUAAUAGGGAAAAGACUCUGGAAAACAAGGGCCUUUCUUCUGAUUUUACAAAUGAGGUAUCAAAAGUUCAGGGGUUAAAGAUGGAGGAAAAUGGAGAAUGGAGCCCAUCACAACAGCCUACAAAGAGAAGUAAUCCACACAUUUUCAGCAGACCUUCUUCAUUCAUUUUUCAAGAAUAUUUAAGGACAGACUCUGUGGCGAAUGUCCCCGAAAUACUUUCUGCUUAUAAUUCAGUUCAUGCUAAUAAAAUUCCCAAAGAGAUGCGCUCCGAAUCCUAUCACCGAGCACAUUCCAACCCUAAAGGUGUUAAUGAUGGACAGGAAGUCAAACAGUGUCCCUGGGGUGUGUCUAAGCCAAGUGCCAGAGAAGCAGCUCUGCCAAGCACUGUACCAGGGCCCAGCCAGAGGAAAAAGUCCUUGCCCUGUACUCAGGGCCUGCUGCAUGCCAGGUGGCAUUUAGGCAUGGGUCAAGAUGUGUUUGGGGACAGCUCGGAAUUAAAAUAUAUGGAGAAUGCUCUUCUAAAUGAAAAUGCUCCCAGGAAGCUGAACAGUUGUACAGACAAAAGUCAGUGCUAUGAUUCUGAAGGAAAAAGUGUGAGCGGUAUUAGUGAACCAGCCCCAAACCAGCAAAACAAAGUGCAGAGAUCACCAUUGUCCUGCAGCUGCAAUGCUAUGGAAGUGGAACACCCUCAGUGUGAGGAAUCGGAUCGGGGAAGAAAGCAAUGCUGUGAUGGCACAAGCCAAAUGGCUUUUUUCAGACCAAAGGAAGAUUCCACAUCUCAGUCAUUAUGUGAAGUCCAGAAAGCAAACCAGGGUAAUAACAGCAGUCCCGACCUCAGCACCCAUCUGGAACAAGAAGAACCUCCUGUUCAGCAACACCAGCCUGUAUUUCAAACACAGCUCUCAAGACAGCUUCAGGAGGACCAUGCUGGUGAACAAAUAACCAGGCUGGCAACUCCCAUGCUUUACUAUCUUUCUGCAUGGAAAACCACCAAUGUCCUGCACCCCAACAAGCUCACCUACAGUCAAGAGGACUCAAGGAGCUCACCAAAGGAAAUUCCUUCAAGCAGCAAUGCUGCCUUAGCACAGUGUCUAGAGAUACAAAGAGAAGGCCAUCAGCUUCAGAGGAGCAGCCACCACCAUCUGUGCAGUGCUGAUGAUCUCCUGCUUCAGACAAAAGAUCUUAUUCUUAGGAGUCCUGCCUCAGUCAUGGAAGAGAGUUUCCGGAAUGACUAUAUAGAGAAAAUUAAAGUGGCUCAGAAAAAGGUUCUCAAAGAAACUUCCUUUAAAAGAAAAGACUUACAGAUGAGUUUGCCUGUCAGACUGAGACAGAAAUCCUCUGAAAGGCCAUCAAUUGAACACCUUUGGUCCUUCUCAUUAUCCAGUGCAAGCGAGGAUGCCAAACCUGUUCCUUGCUCCCCUUCUCAUCUUGAAUCCUUGGAAAGUUUCAACAGAGAUGAAGAAAUAAGGAGGCCACAAAAAGGUCAAGCAGGAGGAAGGAAAAGGGUAACCCAAGAGCAAAAGAAACUGUGCUACUCUGAGCCUGAGAAGCUCAAUCACCUAAUGGAUAAGGAAGUAUCAUGGAGUCAAGUUAGGGAUGACAUCAAUGAGCAAGAUGCAGUGUCAUCCAGGAGAAGGAAUCUGGAGAGCAGAGGAAGGGCAUUUUCCAGCUCCAGGACAGAGCUGAAACAAAUCCAGCACAAUGCACUGAUCGAAUACAUGGAACGAAAGAUCGGUCAAAGACCAGGUGGCUCACAGCACCUCCCACUGCAUAAGCCACCCCUGCAGAAGAGGCUGUUGAAUCCCAAAGGGCCUCCUGUCCAUAUUUCCAACCCAAAUGGGAGCAGGAAGAUGCAAAAUGAUAAGGUUUUUUGCCAAAUUCUCUCUGAACAAAAAUCACCAGAUGUUUUUCCUCCUUUGCCUUUUGCUGCCCCACUGAACAUGACCAACAGGUGCAAUCCCAAUGAAGGGGAUGGGAAGUGUACUAGCAAGUGUCCAUCAGCUAAAAGUCUCCCACAGGCAGGUGAUUCUGCAUCUGGGAGAGCUCCUGAGAGAUCAAAAUCCACUCCUUCUUCCACAGAGGAAAUGUGCAGAUGUGCCAGAGGUGCAGCAGCAUCGUUCCGACGCUGUGUGAGCUGCCCCGGCACCUCCAGUUUCUGUGAUCCUGAGAAAGAGGGAUCCAAGAAUCAUGAACGUAAUGACAUAACUGGACAUGUGUGUGGUCAGGAGAAAAAGGAGCAGAUUCCUGAAAUCUCUAUUCCUGUCCCAAGAAGUGGAAGCAAGGAGGGCGCUCAAGUGGAGGAGGAAUGCAGAACUCAGUCUCUGAGUGGGAAUGCUGCACUCAAGCGUCCAGAACAGCAGCAGCAGCCUGCAGCUUCUCCAGUGCAGGAAAUGCAUCUCUGCACAGCAUUGGCUCAGCCUUACCAAGGCGACAAAAAUCCAGCCAAAGGUUUACUUGCCCAGGAAGCAUCUGUGCACAUCAACAAUGAUGUUCCCCUGGACAGAAAGACACACCUGUCUGAAAGGAGGCUGGAGUCUCCUCAGGACCAGCGAUACCAAGAGCUUGCCAUGGAGAUCAUUGCCAAAGACAGUUCUCUGGUGGACAUUCUCAUACCUCAUCCUCUUAGAAAAACUUCUUUGGACCUGAUGGAGGGUUUGUUUUCUGUUAACACUUCCAUGCUGGAUAAAUCACACAGGAAAAGAGGAAAAGUACAGCAUGUGCAGGAGAAUGACAGGAAAAGUCAUGGAGAUGGAUCAGAAAAAUGUCCUAAACCUGAACAUGAAGCCAAGCAAAGGAGCAAUGAUCCUGCCUCUAAGGGAAACCAAGUCCUGAAGAGGAACAGAGACAGCACAAACAAGCUAGAUGACAUCACAUCUAAGAGGUUGGAACUCAUGGCCGGUCUCCAGUCCAGGCUGCAGGUGCUGUGGGAAGAACGGGAGCUGGUUCUCUCAGAAGCCAGGGAAUGUGCCAAGCGGGGUGAGGAGCUGGAGGCCAUGGUGCGGGAUCUCUGCAAGCCAAAUGAGUUUGAGCGCUAUAUGAUGUUUAUUGGGGACCUGGAGAAAGUGGUGAGCCUCUUGCUCUGCUUGUCCAGCCGCCUUGCCCGAGUCCAGAAUGCCAUGAACAGGAUGGAUGGCAGCACAGAUGCUGAGGAGAAGCGAUCGCUGAAUGAACGGCACAAGCUCUUGGCUCAACAGCAGGAAGAUGCAAAGGAUCUGAAGGAGAAUCUGGACCGGAGGGAACGUGUGGUCUCUGGAAUCCUUGCCAAAUACCUGACAGAGCAGCAGCUCCAGGACUAUCAAUACUUUGUUCAAGUCAAGACCUCCUUGCUGAUUGAACAGAAGAACCUUGAAGAGCAGAUUAAAUUUUUCAAAGAACAGUUAGAAAAUCUCGAGCAAAGCAUCCCUGUCUAACAUCCACCACCAGGCCAGACAUUUUUACAUGUUAUUUGUCAUGUUUCCCUGGAAAUCCCCAGGCACUCUCAUAACAGGGCUCAGUUUGGUUGAUUCUUCCAAUCCUAUUUGUGCCACAACACUGACAAGUGCUUAGAUGCUCUGGGAUGCUCUAGGCACACUCUGGACAUGCUUCCAUUUGGGCAGGCCAACUGACAGCAUCUCACUGUGUGUAGCUAACGGCCUUGUGGAUGUGACUGAUAGGAUUCAUUGCUCCUAUUAACUUGGCGUGUAUUUCCCCUUCUUCUUGUCCAUCCAUCUGUUUCCAGAUCAACAUAAUCUCAAUAAAAGAACCGUACAAAUA